CUAGAGAUAACCUGGCCCUGAGGUUAACUUCCUGUUGUCCGCGUUCGAUCGUGAUAAAUUAAAUAAUUCACAAACUUACUUCAAGUCCACGAAGUAGAGGUUUUCCCAGCAGCCAGGUGUGUUUGGAAAGCUUAAAGUUCAAGGAUUAGGAGGAAUAGGGAGAAACGCGCGCACCGAGAUACCUGUGAAACUACGGUUGUAAAUGAGGAUCUGAUUGCCACGGACAACAUCGAACACGUCUGAGACAUUGUCUCGGUAUAAUAACAACUCAUAUCGAGGCAUAAAGCGAGUCAUUUCUGUACGAAGGAUCAUCAUGAAGAAAUCAGGAUAUUCAGGUAUUGCCAGGUCCACCAGUGGGAGACUGAGGAGGACAGACAGAGAAGGUUCUUCUUCCAUCACAAGUCCCACACUAAAGAGGUCGUUUGAGGUAGAGGAGUCUGAAGCAUCCAUCAAUCCCUCCCCUCUGUCCCGUCGGACCAACCUCCGCUCCUCCACCUCCAGCCAGCGAAGCUUCCACGACCUGGGCUCCUCCCGCAACUCUGACUACCCCUCCAGAACCUCGCCUUCUGACUCCAACCCCUGCUCCCCCAAAACCAGCCUGAGACGCAUGGAGCUGUUCGGGGGAGGGAUAGGAGGUCGUGCCCCGGAUACAGCCUCCUCCCGCCGGACCGAGAUCUCCAUUGAGGUGUCGUCCAAGCAGAUUGACAGCUCGCCCAGCCCGGGUAUCGCCCGCUUCGGCCUGAAGAGGCCCGAGGCCCAGAGCCUUGGUUCCCGAGCUGGAGCCGCCCCAGAGAGCUCCACCAUCUCCAACUCCAGCUCGGCACACAGACGGGCAGAGAUCUCCCUCUCCCGGCCCCACGAGCCCCCCGCGGCCCCCAGGAGGGGGGACUCCCAGCGUCCCUCAGCCACCCGGAUCCCUGACCCCCCUCAGAGGAGGACCGACCCCCCCAUAGCCAGCCCCGUGGAGGCCCCUACUUCCAGGAGACCCGAGAUGCCCGUCUUCCGACAGUCAGAGAUGGCAGGACCAACACCGGUCAGGGUGGUGGAGAACAACAGCCACCCCCCAGCCCCCAGCGGCCCCCUGCCCAGCCUGGUGGAGCCUAGGAGCGAGAGGACACAGCCCCCGGUCAGCGAGAUGCCCGUCGUCAGACCUACAGAGAGGUCAGAGGUCACUACCAACUACAGCAGUAGAGCCAUGUCUGAGGUGGCCGUGCCUGAGAUGAUGAUGCCACCCCUGGCGGUGCCUGCAGCAUGCCAGGUGGAGAAGCCUGUGCCAGGUCCUGGCAUGGGGGACUUCAGCUAUGUGGGCAUCGAUGCCAUCCUGGAACAGAUGCGGAGGAAAGCCAUGAAACAGGGUUUCGAGCUCAACAUCAUGGUAGUGGGGCAGAGCGGCCUAGGGAAGUCCACUCUGAUGAACACCCUGUUCAAGUCCAAGGUGAGCCGUAAGUCAGUGCAGGCCACGUCCCAGGAGAAGAUCCCCAAGACUAUCGAGAUCAAGUCUGUCAGCCACGACAUUGAGGAGAAGGGGGUGAGGAUGAAACUAACUGUUAUCGACACGCCCGGCUUCGGGGAUCAGAUCAACAAUGAGAACUGUUGGCAGCCCAUCAUGAAGUUCAUUAAUGCCCAGUAUGAGCAGUACCUUCAGGAGGAGAUCAACAUCAACAGGAAGAAGAGGAUUCCAGACUCACGGGUUCACUGCUGCAUCUACUUCAUACCCCCUACUGGACACUGUCUGCGGCCUCUGGAUGUGGAGUUUAUGAGGCGUCUCAGUAAGGUGGUCAAUAUUGUUCCUGUCAUCGCCAAGGCAGACACACUCACCCUGGAGGAGAGGGACUUCUUCAAAAAGAAGAUCAGGGAAGAGCUACGGGCCAAUGGGAUCGACGUGUACCCCCAGAAGGAGUUUGACGAGGACGCAGAGGACCGGAUGAUUAAUGAGAAAAUCAGGGAGAUGAUCCCGUUUGCUGUGGUGGGCAGCGACCAGGAGUACCAGGUCAACGGCAGGAGGCUUCUGGGAAGGAAGACAAAGUGGGGAACCAUAGAAGUUGAGAACAUUGCUCAUUGUGAGUUUGCCUAUUUGCGGGAUCUACUGAUUAGGACCCACAUGCAGAACAUUAAGGAUAUCACCAGCAGCAUCCACUACGAGGUGUACCGCGUCCGCCGCCUCAACGAAAACAACACCGCCGUCGCACAUGCCAACGGCCUCCCCCAACACCACAUGACCUCCCACGAGAUGUAGAGCCCCGCCCACUGUGUCCCAUGAGCCCUCACUUCCCUCCGAAAACCUUCUAUCCUUCCAUCCCUCUCUCCUUCCAUCCAUCUCAAUGCCAAACCCUUCCAAAUAAAGGAGAAGACACAAUCUGGGGGACUGAGGAUCAUGGUCUUAGCACCCCCAAGUGGCCAAAUACAGACACUUGGAAUGGACUGUUGAUGCAAAUGCAUUACCCCUCAAUGAUAACCUGCUCUCUCUGACCAAUGUCUACAUUACAUACAGAGAGUGAAAGGGGGUAAAUGCUAGCUCUCACUAGCAUUCAUUCAGGUUUAACCAGGCUAAGUAAACACUAUUAAUGUACUGCAACCUCUGCCUUAAUCUGUGUGUUUUCAGUUAUUCUGUCAUCCCUCAUCUGUCGGGUUGGUUAACAAAAUAGCACUGUGAUAUCAGGCCCAUUACAUACAAGCUGUGUCAGAAGUGCCCUCAAACUUUUGUUAGGGUAAAAUAUUGAUUUCUCAUCCAUUUUAAUAUAUCCCCUGUAAUGCAUCCAUCGUUCAUUUGACCUACUAUCUUAAGGUUCUACAACGUUUAUUUCUGUUCCCUUUGAUAGGGAGUAGCUUAGCCUUGAGGGCCUGUAUUCAGAGUAGGAGUGCUGAUUUGGGAUCAGUUUUGCCUUUUAGAUAAUAGAUUACAUGGACAGAGGGUACCUGAGCCUAGAUCAGCACUCCUACUCUUGAACGCUUCAUACACUCGGCCCCAGAACUGUGGUACUGGACCCAUAGCUACAGCAGCACAGGCACAGGACAGAUACUCAGCUAAGUAUUUAGAAGUAUGACACAUAUAAAUAGAAUCUAUUAAUUCUAUGGCAGUUGAUUAAUUUGUCAGAGUUCUGUUUGAUUAUGUCUGAGAGGGGUCAGUUGAUAGUGGUGAAUGGGGAGUGUUUAUUGUGAUGGAAGUUGAUAAUGCUGUUUGAAUGGUCAGGGUUACAUAAUGUUGGGGGUGGACUGGAGGUUUUGAGUCUAGUGGACAUCGUCGACACGUCUGUAGGGCCAGGAGUUUUUCCUCAUAACUGACCAGAAAAAACGUUGAGCCCUUGUAACAGCCUGUAACAAGGACCUUCUCUGAGUUGUAGUUAUAGACUGUAACUAGGGUCUUCUGAGUUGUAGUUAUAGGCUGUAACUAGGGUAUUUUCUGAGUCGUCAUUAUAGGCUGUAACUAGGGUCUUCUCUGAGUCGUCAUUAUAGGCUGUAACUAGAAUCUUCUCUGAGUCGUUGUAAUAGACUGUAACUAGCGUCUUCUCUGAGUCGUAGUUAUAGGCUGUAACUAGGACCGUGAGUUUUUCCUACUAAGAUAACUCCUGGUCCUACACAUGUGUAUGAUGCAGAGUGAGGGGAACUCUCCUGUUGUUUCUCUGAUCAUUGAGGAGCCAGUGCUUUAUGCUUUGGGCUGAUGACAGUACAGCGAUACACAUCCCAGUCGUCCUAUGGUGGUAAUAUAUAUAUUGUUUUUACAUGGCUGCGUCGUUGUACAGGUAAUACUGUCAGAAAUAUAGAUUCCACAUGCCCUCAGUGCCUUUUUCAUUCCAAAUAAUACAUGUCAUUUUGGGGUGUUUUUUUAUAUACAGAUAUGUUUAAAGAGUGAUUUAAAAUAAAUAGUAUUUAUGCACAUUAGAAAGAUAAGAAGUGUACCACCCAUCCACACACUGUAGUUGUCCUGAGCCGAGAGCACUUAGUCAGUUUAUACUGCCCAAGUCAAGUGUUUAGGGAAAAACUCCUGGUCCUAGUUAUGUGCCAUGUCUCUGUGCCUUGGACAACACUAUUGCCUUCUUAUUUAUUGGAGACUGUCCGCUAGCACAUGGUUUUAAACUGGAAGGACAACCGUGAUAAUUAAGGCCCUGAGUUUUUCCAAACCAUGUGACCUGAUCAUGAAAUACACCAUAGACUAUAAGUAGGGACCUGAGGUUUUCCUGGUCAGGCCAAAUGGUCUGGGAAAACUCCUGGUCCUAGUACUGACGUGCUAGCUGGUGCCAAUCACCACAGCAGAAAACAUUAAAUUGUUAUCAAGUCUCUUUAUAUCAUGUUGUGCACCCUGAAGCUGAAGUCCUCCUUUAAAACUCUUCAUUCUCUCUUUUUCUCCCACUAUUCUCUUGUUCUCUUCCGCCGUUUCUUGGAUAUCACCCAGUAAAAGUAAUAUGUGGUGUUUUAAAAGUUGUAUUUGUUUCUGUUUCAAACUAUAAUCCUCAACUUCCAAACGUCAUCGUCGUCAUGCUCUGUCCUGUAUAUUCAUUGUCAGAUAAAUUUUUGUACUGGUAUUAAUAAUAACAGAAUUUGCCUUUUGAUAUUAUGUUAUUUUAAAGAAAUAAAGAUGAAAGUUGUACAUAGUCA